GCCGGGCCUCCGGGACGCGCGCGGGAGCCUCGCGGCCGGCCGCCGCGGACGCCGCCCGGCAUGGAGCAGUGCGUGACGGUGGAGCGCGAGCUGGAGAAGGUGCUGCUCAAGUUCUCGGGCUACGCGCAGCUGUGCGAGCGCGGCCUGGAGGAGCUCAUCGACUACGCUGGCGGCCUCAAGCGCGAGAUCCUGCAGAGCCACGGCCAAGAUGCUGAAUUAUCAGGGACACUGUCACUUGUUUUGACUCAGUGCUGUAAAAGAAUAAAGGAUACUGUUCAAAAACUGGCCUCAGACCACAAAGACAUCCACAGCAGUGUUUCUCGGGUUGGAAAAGCCAUCGAUAAGAAUUUCGAUUCUGACAUCAGCAGUGUGGGGAUCGACGGCUGCUGGCAGGCCGACAGCCAGCGGCUCCUCAAUGAGGUCAUGGUGGAGCACUUCUUCCGGCAGGGGAUGCUGGAUGUGGCCGAGGAGCUCUGCCAGGAAUCUGGUCUUUCUGUAGACCCAAGUCAGAAAGAACCGUUUGUGGAGUUAAAUCGGAUAUUAGAAGCUUUAAAAGUCAGAGUUCUGAGACCUGCCCUGGAGUGGGCAGUGUCAAACCGAGAAAUGCUCAUAGCGCAGAACAGCUCCCUGGAGUUCAAGCUGCACCGACUCUACUUCAUUAGCUUGUUGAUGGGUGGAACCACAAAUCAGCGAGAAGCAUUGCAGUAUGCUAAAAAUUUUCAGCCAUUUGCCCUAAAUCAUCAAAAAGACAUUCAGGUGUUGAUGGGUAGCCUCGUGUACCUGAGACAAGGGAUCGAGAACUCGCCGUACGUGCACCUGCUUGACGCCAAUCAGUGGGCCGACAUCUGUGACAUCUUCACACGGGACGCCUGCGCCCUCCUGGGGCUCUCUGUGGAGUCCCCUCUCAGUGUCAGCUUCUCAGCGGGCUGUGUGGCGCUGCCAGCGCUGAUCAACAUCAAGGCGGUGAUCGAGCAGAGGCAGUGCACUGGCGUGUGGAACCAGAAGGACGAGCUCCCGAUUGAAGUGGACCUUGGUAAAAAGUGCUGGUAUCACUCUAUAUUUGCCUGUCCCAUCCUUCGUCAGCAAACAACAGAUAGCAAUCCACCCAUGAAGUUGGUCUGUGGUCACAUUAUAUCAAGAGACGCCCUGAACAAGAUGUUUAAUGGUAGCAAAUUAAAAUGUCCAUAUUGCCCAAUGGAACAAAGUCCAGGAGAUGCCAAACAGAUAUUUUUCUGAAGAAAUGAAUUUAGUUUGCAAUUUGUAAGUGAAACUGAAUUGUGGGUCAUUCAGAAGAGAGUGUCCGUUGAGUCGGCUGACCAAGGACUCCCGUGUCAUGCAGAGAGUGCUCUGGAAACUGCCCAGUGCUGCACUCGAGGGAGCCUGUGGCCAGCCAUCGAGGGCCACCCCUGGCUUCUUGGCUCUGGUCUGCGUUUUUGAUCAGCACCUACACCAGCAGUCACAUUCAGUGCAGGUUUUGUACUUCAUUAUAUGGUGAUUUUUUACUUCUAAGCAGAAACAGAAACCACCCUCUCCGCCACGCGUUUAAUGUCCUCCUGCUUUUACUUUGUCAUUUUCUUGAUAAUUGUCAGCCUUGAGAAUGUUUGUGAAAAAGCUUUCUUUCCUGUUAUAUAUACAUGAUUAGUUGGAAUUCUUCAGAGAAAGGUUGGCAGAUUGAAUUGUGGUUGUAAACCUAUCUUUGCCUUUUUUUUUUUUUUUUUUUUUUUGCUGAAGUGGAGAGCGGCUGUGACAACAGUCCACGCUUGCCCUCCCAUGUUUCCCUCUGCUCCAGCUCUGGCUGAGGAGGUGGCACACUGCCACGGGGCUCCUUUUGGCCCCAGCGGGUGCCUGUGUAAAAUACCGGCAUGAAUUCAGCAGGCUAGUAUGAGAAGUCUUCUGCUAGAACAGAGUGGGAGGAAUAUUAUUAUUUUUUUUAAACUUUAAUUGCUAAGAGGUGCUUGUUUUAAAAAUGUGUUCAAUAAAAUGAAAUUCUGAAGUUAGAAGUGUGCUCUUGGUCUGGGUGGCCCUGUCCUUUGGAGUCUGCCCUCAGGACUGGCCGCCUGUCACCUGCUGUUCCCGACAGCCAGCUAGCGUGGUGCUGUGUGGGCGUGUGCAGGACAGCUCUGCACACCAUCCCUGGAAGGGAAGCAGCCUGUUCCAGUGCUGAUGCGGCAGCUGCCUGCCCCUCCCUGUGGUCCUUCUCCACCUCCAUCCAGCAGGUGGAUUAGCAUUCUGUCGGGCCUCUCCCCUGCAGGUGCAGCAUCUUGUUGACUGUGACUCUGUGGUUCAGGUGGAUGUAGAUGGUGACCACUUCUCUUGUGAGGUGUCUUCAUGUACAGCACUAUCAGGGAGAGCCACGUACAAGAUCCUUCUCUGUAGAGGAACUGCAUGGAGAAGAAUUCCCUCAUGAGAAGAGUGUCGUGUGGAGGUCACCAGGAGUUGGCCAACUUGGCUUCAUCCCACGGAGCUGGAUACCAACGCAGGAGUACUUACGAGAAAAUACAGAAAGAUGACCACAGAAGCAGAGCAGGACGUGGUGCUUUGUGUCAUCAGCUGCGCAUGGACUGAUGAGGGAGGGAGACAGCAGAUUUGGACUGGGAGCACUGGGGUCUGUCUGUGGAGGAGACUGCAGGAGAGCCUGUGUGGCCACCAUGGCUGGGUAGGUCAGCCAGGAGUCACUGGUGCCCGGCCGCGUGGCCUGAAGCGGUUUCGUGUCACUUGGGAAGGCUCUUCACAGCCACUCUGCUGCAGCAGCCAGCAGCCUGUCUCUGGGGCAAGGAGGUGGAGAGAGCGGGUGCUGCCGGUGUCACUGCUUGGCCAGGAGACUCUCCUAUGAGUCACAUUCUGAGGUGUCUUCUUUUGUGAUGGUUUUCUCUCUAGGCCAGAAAUUUACUUUAUUUGCAACUUAUUCUCCUCUUUCCACCUUCGACUCCUACACAGCACUUGGGCUUCACAUGGGGUUUGGGUGACAUGUGUCCUAGAGGCUGGUGGCAAGUUCUGGGCAGUGAGCCUCUUUACACAGUUUGCUUGGGCCACUUGUAAGGACAAAGGCCAGAGCUCUGCCUCGUCCCCUCGUAGUGCAGGGAGUCCUGUGACAGCUUCCUGUGCAGCCCGUGAAACUGAAAAGGACGUGUGUUAAUGAGCAUUUGACUUGACGGUUUCCCGAGGCUGGGCCUGAGUCCACCGCCUUGGGUGGGGCAAGGCCUGGUCUGCAGCUCUCUCCAUCUGACAGUUCACACAAAAACUGUCUCCUGACCUUAUUUAAGUGUAGACUCAAACCUCCUUGGCGACUCCGUGUGCAGGAGAGGGACUCGGAAGAGGCCAGACCUUAACCAAAGAGGCUGCGGUACAGCACCUGUCCUGCUCCAGCAGCGCCGUCCCAGCACCUCCCCGGGCAGAGGAUGCCACCCGUCUCCUGCCUCCGCUGGCCGAAAGGCGGGGUGUUCACAGCCACACUGGUGGUGGAGGCGGAGAGCAGUUCCAGAAUGGUUCCCAAGGUUUUCUCAGAGCCUUUUCCACUGGCCAGCGGGGAGCAGUCCUUGGACUGUGCUCAACUGGCAGAAGCCCACCAGAGAGUCAGAUUGGCCAGCCGGAGCCUCUGUCCAGGACACUCUGCACAGGGCUCAGGUUGGUCUCCAUCCUUUCCUCUGUGUGUGAUCAUCACAGAUGUCAUUUCUGUUUCCUGGGUGGUCAUAUGAGACUUCUAAUACAUAAAUUAACGGGUAUUGGUGCCUCUUUAUUUUAAAAUGCUGAAGAGCCACCUCAUAUUCAUAGGUGUGUAUUUGUGAAUGUGUGAGCACUUAACUGAAAAUAGGAAGGCUGUGAACAGGUCUUGUCUCAGUCUCUGUGGCAGCAGACUGGACAGACCCUAGCAGCACUCCAGGUCAUGUAGGCGGGAUCCUCUCUCCAGCUCGUCCCACAGGUGGCGCAGAUCCAGCUCGGUGGUCUCACGCUGAGUCAUCUCCACCUCCACCGUCUCACCUGGGGGUGAUAGAAACUGCAGAGGCCAAGAGCUCCUGGUCAUCUGCACUGGAUGGGCUGCUCAGGAGAGCACAAGUAUGGCCUCUGGCCAGUCAGCUUUGUCAGCAGACUAGGUCAUCUUCAGGGAAGGUGUGGAGACCUGGUUUGGGCAGCUUCAUCGCUAGGAUGGGCAAGGUGAAGACAAAACCAAAUACCUUUCGUCACUCGAUUGCGUGUGCGCUGCCUGUUGUGGCGUCACACAGGGCUGGGGGCAUGGUGCUGGCAGCCUGGCCAGGUGGAGCUCACGCUUCAUGGACUCCGUGGGACUGUAGUUGAGUAGAUACCAAAAAUAGAGUGACAGAUGUAUUUUAAUAGCAGAUGAGGCAGUUAGUUUUAGGGUGAAUUUUCCACUAUUGGUUUUACUUUAAGAUGUAAUAAGAAAAAAAAAUUUGGUUUUUAAAGUGUUUUUAAGCUGCAGUUGUGAACUGUAGUGGGCACAUGCUUCCUUUACUUCCAAAGAGGCAGGGCUGCCGGAGCUGGCUGGCAGCCCGGGCUCCUCCGCACUGGGUGAGGAUGUGCAUGGGCUUCCUGAACAGCAGCCAGCCUCCUCCAGCACAGCUACUGGGGCCACUGGGGCCUGACCUUCUCUUUGGGACCCGGUGGGAGUGAAUGUACUAGGGCCAGAAGGGGCUGGAGGUGGGUGGGAGCGAGUGGCUGUGGGCUCCAUCCAGAUGCUGGCGCCGGCGGGUAGGCGCUGGGUAUGCUUUGCUCAUGACCGCGUGUGUGCGUGGGGUCCCCUCCUUUGUGCUUUCUAAAUUUACACUAAAAGGAUUCAUCAAAUCGUUUGUUCAGAUGGCUCAGGAUUGUAUUUCUUUGCUUACCCUGUGCUCUUGGGUUCUAUAGUAUUUCUAUAAUUAUGUAACGAGAAUAGUGUUGCACUGUAAUCUAUCAUAUAGAGCUCUACGUAUGGACGAUUCUGAUCUGUUUUCUAAGAGAUGUAUCCUGUUUGCAAGGCACGAUAAAGUUGCAUCUUAUAGAUUAUAGGCAAUAAACCCAACUUAACACACA